CCUGACCAGUGAGCCAGACCAGCGGUGAAAAUGUCUGUGAAGAUCCUCUCCAUCACUCUCCUCCUGCUCUCAGUGUAUCUGUGCUGCCACACCUCUGCAGCUCAUCGACAUCCUUCAAAAAGCCGGCUGUGCUGUGUUGAGGUCACCUCCCUCGACAUGAGUGUUGAGGUGGUGGGAGAAACGUAUCGUGAGCAGGCUGCAGCACACUUCUGUGUGAAGGCUAUAAUUUUCAACACAGAUUAUGGAAAACUGUGUGCUGAUCCAAAAGCUCAGUGGGUCAAGAACCUCAUCGCCAAUAUGACGAAGGUGUGAAUUCUGUGGUGAACCAUCGCUGCCUCUCUGCUAACUUUCUUAUAUUUUUUCUUUGCAUUUAUAAGUUACUUUUUUCCCUCAUAUUCUGGAGUAACCCUGUAUUUGAGUCAGUCUUUUAAAGCUCCAAAUGCUUUUUAUUUUAUCACUGGAGUUUUGGCUUUCUGUGACUUUUUUCUCAUUUAUUUUGCUUUUUCGUUCUGCGUAUUAUGUAUUAAUGCAAAGCACAU